AUUUUCGGUCGAGCGAUGGAGACACCGCGGCAGAACUUUGUCAAGCGCUUGGCCUCGGGCGUCACGCUCGCCAGCGCCGUCCUCGUCUUCUUCUACGCGUCGCCCAACGUGGCCACGAGCGGGAUCACGUCGCUCGUCGUUGCCAUGUGCCUGUAUGAGUUUGCCUGGCUCAGCGACCGCAUCAAGGCGACACUGCGCAAGCCGUUGCCGACGUCGCCGACUGCCAUCGACCACACGCAGAGCCUCGUUGGCCGCCUCUCGCCGUCGCAUCACCGCUGGGUCGCCGUGAUGGCCGCGCUCAUUGCCACGAUCUUUGCGAGUGGGCUCGCGGUCGGCGCCUAUUACUUCAUUGACGUGCACAUCGAACCGAGCGCCUUCCAGGAGCUCUUGCUGCCGUAUCUGGCCAUGGCGACCUUUGGCACGACCCUCGCACUACUCUACGCGCCGUCGCCCGUUGCUGCGACUGUGAUUGUGAUUGCGCAAGGCAGCUUUUCGCUCGUUGUGUGCAACUCGCUCUUGUGUCCCGAGGCCGAAGCGCGCUGCGUCUACAUCAUGGAUUCGAGCUUCAUGCUCAUCUUUGGCUCCUGCGCCAUGUACCUUGUGCAUAUCAUGACGGCCAAAACAGCGUUGGAAGUGCUAGCCGCCAUCGUGCUCGACCAGCUCGCGCUCAUCUACGUGGUCGGGACGUCCCAGAUUCUGGUCAAUUUUGUCGUCUUCUCGGCCGACUCGGAGACGCGCAAGCUCAUCAUCGUCUUGCUGCUGACUGUUUGGGCCGGCGACAGCGGCAGCUACGUCGUCGGGAGCGUCCUCCGACUGCGCAAGUACACAACCAUGCGGUACCUCGCGCCGCACUUGUCGCCCAACAAGGACAUCGAAGGCACUCUCGGGGGCAUCCUCUUUGCACUCGGCAUGAUGUUUGUAGCUGUCGAGCUCACGGGCUUUUCGCGGCCGAUGGUCGGCAACGUCCUCAUGACGGUUGUCGGCUUUGUGUUUGGCCGCAUCGGGGACCUCUUUGAGAGCAUGAUCAAGCGGGCGGCCGGCGUGAAAGACUCGAGCGCCAUGAUCCCGGGCCAUGGCGGGAUCAUGGACCGCGUCGACGCGCUCUUGUUUGCGAGCGUGGUAUUUUGCAUUUUUACGCUCGACAACCGACUUUUUCACUAAGAGAGAUGACAUUAUUGUCUUGAUCAUCCUCGACGUAGACGCGCUAACUUAAUGCAUCAUCGUAAAAACGUACAAAUGUACCGUCAA